AUGUCUUCCUGCAAUGCGAUAAUCGACUUUCUCUUGAGCCCUGCUGUUCUCCGAGCGACCCUCGUGACUACGGUCUUCACUCUCGCACUGUGUACAGACCUUGGCAAAGGACAGCCAGGUCACCCGAGAUGGCAGUGGUUCACGCAAUUAGCUAAAAGCUACGCAUUACCCAUUGCCAUACCAACCUUGCUCGGAUGGGUAUGGUUGACCUUGGUCAACGCCUUUGUACCGAGGCCGUACAUGGAUGAAAUCUUUCAUGUCCCUCAAGCGCAGGUGUACUGCGAGGGCAAGUACGCACAAUGGGACGACAAGAUAACCACGCCGCCUGGACUGUACUUCCUCAGUAUCAUCUGGGCCCGGCUCUCUGGUUAUGGAGACUGCUCACUUGAGACGCUCAGAAGGUUCAAUCUCUUCAUUAUAGCAUGUACAGCUGUUGUGGCGGCAGCAUCCCGCGCCAUUAUCGAGGGGCCCAGCGCGAAGGGCCAGCUCAACUCGGCCUACUCCAUACACACCGGCAUCAACAUCGCCCUGUUCCCGGUACUCUUCUUCUUCUCAGGACUCUACUAUACAGACGUCAUUUCUACCUUCGUCGUGCUUAUUGCCUAUCUGAACCAUCGGAGGAGGCUUGGACAGGGCAAUAGAGGACGCUCAGUCGUCAACGAUCUAUACACAGUUUUUCUGGGUGUUCUCGCUCUGUUCAUGCGCCAGACCAAUGUCUUCUGGGUGGUAGUAUACAUGGGUGGGUGCGAGGCUGUGCAGGCUAUCAAGGAUCUGCCCGUCGCGUUUGAGAAACCCUCACUCGACACCUGGGCGGCGCAGGCCAAGUUCUUCGUUCAGAAGUCCUCCAUCGGCGCCAUUCAUGACCCCGUCCUGCAGAACGCCUGGCCAGAAGAUCUCCUGCUGUGUCUCUUGAGCAUUGGUAUUGCAGCUGUUUGUAACCUCGGCGCCAUCUUCCGUCGUAUCUAUCCACAAAUCGUUGUCGUUGCACUCUUUGCAGGCUUUGUGCUCUGGAACGGAGGUGUGGUGCUGGGAGAUAAAUCCAACCAUGUGGCUACGCUACACUUGGCUCAGAUGCUCUAUAUCUGGCCCCUUUUUGCCUUCUUUUCGGCUCCCCUAGUACUGCCACAAACCUUGCACGUCGCUCAAGGAGUCCAAUCGUACUUCAUGUCUCAGUGGCCACUAAAGUCCACGGGCCGGGAAGGCAAGUCAGGAAAGAAUGCCCAACGCAACGCAAACUAUCUAGGAAUUGCUCUCUCCGUUGUUUUGCUCGGAGGCUCAACCAUUGGUGCCGGGUUGAUUGUUCACUACAACACCAUCAUCCAUCCAUUCACUCUAGCUGAUAACCGGCACUACAUGUUCUACGUGUUCCGCUACACGAUCAUGCGAGGCUCCACCAUCCGCCUUCUCCUUGCGCCGGUAUACGUCUCUUGUGCUGUCCUAGUCUGGACCUCCCUCUACCAAAACAAUCCCGACGCCCCCACAAAGCCCAAGUCGGGUAUCCUCAACAAAGGCUCGUCUCGAAGCACUGUACUUACCUCGGAGGUUCUGAUACUCCUGGUCACAAUCACGCUCAGUCUAAUCACGGCACCGCUGGUCGAGCCGAGAUACUUUAUCCUUCCGUGGGUAUUCUGGCGUCUGUUGGUGCCCAGACGCACGGGAGGAAAACGAGAAGCCUUGGACUGGGUCCUGUUUUUGGAGACAGCCUGGUUCCUGGUAGUGAACGCGGUACUCAUGUACAUUUUCCUUACCCGGCCCUUCGUCUGGAAGUUGGAGGGACACGAGCUUGAUGGUGGUGCUGUGCAAAGAUUCAUGUGGUGA